UUGAGCUUCUACUCUUUUCUCACAAACAAAAUGGAGUUGAUGGCUGCUUUCAGACUAGCACUCGGCAUCAUAGGAAACAUUACAGAAAUUUCCAUUUGCCUGGCUCCAAUGCCAACGUUCUGGAGGAUCUACAAGAACAAAUCAGUAGAAAAAUUCUCCUGGUUACCAUAUGCAACAGGUCUCUUGUAUGCAGCAUACUGGGGAUGCUAUGCAUUGCCAUUCAUCACAGAGCACAACAUGCUCCUCUUCACAGUCUCAGUUGCACAAGCGGUUCUGGAGCUCAUUUACCUCAUCAUCUUCCUAGUUUACUCCUCACCAAAACAAAGGGCAAGUGUUGCAGGAACAAUUUUCGGUGUAGCAGCAUCAGUUGCUGCAACAAUUGCAGUAGCCAAGUCAGCAAUGCACAAGCGACCAGAGAGGUGCAUGUUUGCAGGGCUUCCAGCUGCCAUUGUCACAGUUGCUAUGUAUGCAUCUCCUCUCACUGUCAUGAGGCUGGUAAUCAAGACCAAGAGUGUGGAGUACAUGCCAUUCUUGCUCUCCUUCUCAAUCUUUGUCAAUUCGGUUGCCUGGACAAUCUAUGGUGUUUUACAGCUUGACUACUUCAUACUGAUUUCAGAAGGACUGGGUGCCAUCCUUGGUACUAGUCAGCUUGUUCUAUAUGCUCUGUAUAGACCAAGAAAGGACACCAGCAAAGAAGAGAUUAAACUUCGGGAAUUACGAGAUGAUCCCAAGAAAGCAGCACAUAUUACAUUUCAGGAAUUACAAGACGAUGCCAAGAAAGUAGCACAUAUUACACUGGAUGUUGACAAACUGCAAGGCCUGAACAAGAACACAGAAGAGGUCUCUCAAUGCAAAAAUUGAGGCUCCAAAUUAUAUCUCCCAGCAAAAGAAUAUGGUCCUUUUAUACUUUCUCACUUCUUUGCCUUGCCACAAAGCAAGACGUUUUGAGGAAUUGGCUCGUUGAUUCCAUUGGGAUCUUCCGGAUUGACCACCCGCAUGUAAAACUCUUGUCCAAGGUACUGCCUUAUAACAUUUUGAGACCGCACAUUCCACAUCCCAA